CGCAAAAGCGAGAGCAGGACUGUUUUGACCCUCACGGGAUGCUAUAAAUCGAAUGCGGAAGUGUACUAGAGGACUUCAACAACAUGGGUUGACUAUGAAGAAAUCCUGUCCUCCAGCUGAUUGACAGGAUGACAGGAAGUUGGUGAGCGCUCCCAAGGCUUAAUCUGUGUUUGGAAAAGGUGGAUUUCAAGUCAGCCAUGGAUCGGGAGGAGGAGGAAGAAGAUCUGACGGUAAAAAGGAGCCAGAGGGAGACGGAUGUGUUUACAUCCGUGUGUUGCCUGGGCUGCCUGUCCCGCGUCAACCUCCUGGUGGCGGUGUGCGUGGGCAUGUACGUCCGCUGGGAGGUGACCGACGAGCCCACGAUCCUGGUCAUCUUCAUCCUCGGCCUGUUUGUGCUGGGCAUCGCCAGCAUCCUCCACUACUACUUUGCCAUGGAGAAGGCCAGCCUCAGCUUGUUCCACUUGUGGUUCGGCUUCCUGCUGGGACUCCUGUGCUUCCUCAACAGCCCCACAUUGAGCUCCAACGUCAAGGAACUGGUGGCCAACUAUCUCCUCGUAGCCAGUGCCGCCAUGAAGGCGGUGUGGGCCGUAACCGAGCGCAUCUGCGGCACUUUCUACCACAAACCCACCUUGCUGACGACAGUGGAGUGGCUGGAGCUCCUGGGGUUUGCCAUCGCCAGUACCACCCUGCUUCUUCACAAGUCGGUGGCCAUAAUAGGCCUGGUUGUGGCUCUGGGGGCUCUAAUAGUAGACUUGAGGAUGAAAUCCCUCCUAUCUUUGCUCAAUUUGAUUGCCUUUACCUUGAUGACCUCGCUUGUGUUUUUUCCCGCUUUGGGCAUUCCGGCGAACCCGUUUGCCUUAAGCUGCUUCUUGAGCCGGCUGCUGUGUGAGCCCGUGUUGGAUCUGUACUUCAACGGGCUGGGGCCGGCCGAUCGCUGGAUGCCGGUGUUUUCGCUGGGGAGAGUGUGGAGGAGGCUGUCCCUGCUCCCUCUGUGCCUGACCGAGCUGGCCUUCUUCGUCUUUGCUGCCUUGAAGCUCGGGCGCUUGGAGCUGUGGUAUCUGGUCAUUCCGGGCUUCUGCAUCUUUGGCCUUUUCUGGGCCAUCUGCCACGUCAUUUUGCUGAUAACCGUUUGGGGCUUCCACACCAAGCUGAGCGAGUGCCAGAAGGCUUGGCGGGCCCACCGCGCCAGGAGCCAAAGUCUGGAGCAAGUCAUGGCGUCCCGAGGCAUCCGGCACUUCUGCCUGAUCUCUGAGCGCCUGGUGUUCUUCAGCCUCCUGUCUACGGUCAUCCUGGGGGGCGUGUCCUGGCAGGCUUCCAACGGUCUCUUCCUCAGUGCUCUGCUUAUUGUGCUGCCGCUGGAGUCUCUGGCUCACAGUUUGUUCCACGAACUGGGCCGCUGCCUCGGAGGAACUUGUGUCGGCUACGCUCUGGUCAUACCUACCUCUUACUCCAGUUCUGGGGGCCAGCCAUCGCCUUUACCCCCCCAAUACGUGCAGGAAAUGAAUCUCCGCUCUACGGGAAUGCUCAACAACGUCCAGCGACUCUUCUCGCACCACAUGAUCCAGACUUUUGGCUGCGACUACUCGACCAGUGGCGUUACUCUGGAGUCGGUGCAAAACAAGCUGCGCACUUUCCUAGAGCUUCGGACAGCGGACGGACCGCGGCACGACACCUAUCUGAUUUUCUACAGCGGACACACAAACAAAAACUCUGGAGCCUGGGCUCUAGCAGAAGGUCAGGCUUUCCACCUGGCCCAGUUAAUCGAAAUCUGGAAGGAGAAGAACGCCGACCAUUGCUCCCGACUCAUCAUCGUCUUGGACACGGAAAACUCCCUUCCGUGGGUUAAGGAAGUCCGCAGGAUGGAGGGCGUCUACGUGGCGGUGCAGGGGGCUGAGUUUCCCCACUCCAGGGUCGACCCGGAGGCCGGAGACGCCCCCUUGCUUGGCGACUUCACUGCCGAAUGGGUGGAGUUCAACUGCAACUCGACCGGCGACACCCAGUGGUCGGAGAAGGGAAGAACAGUGGUGGCCUCGUACGGCGUGUCCAAACGAUGGAGCGAUUACUCCCUUCACCUUCCGACCGGAAGUGACGUCGCCAAGCAUUGGAAGACCCAUUUCCCGAAGGCCACAUACCCUUUGGUGCACCUGUCAAACUGGUGCUGCGGCCUCAACCUGUUCUUGGUGUGCAGUGUGUGCCUGCGCUGCUUCAGGAGGUGUAAGCUCGCCUGGUUUCCUCCAGCGGUAUUGGAUAUCGGGCAGGGCAUUAAGCUGGUGCAGUCAUAGACGAUGAAACCAAAAUGUUACGUGUUUGUUACCGGGUACAAGAAGAUUCUGAGAAAAAGGUCCUAUUUUUUUGUUUUUGUUUCUUUUACUUUUAUUUUCACAGAUUUUACAUUGUUUUUACAUUAAUAAGUCAUCAUAAUUUAAAAUAAUUGUUUUGUUUUGUUUAUAAAGGGAUCUAGGACGUGGAAAGAGGGUCGCACAACUCUUAAGUUACUGAGAAAAAGCAAUAAAUAAUCAAAACCUAAGAUAUAACAUAUUUUAGUAUUGAGUUUCAAAAUUCCUUGGUAUUUGCACUUUUUUUUUUAGCCUUUAAUAAAACUAGUUGAUGAAAAAAUGUGUGUUUCGACUGAUUACAAAAGUCUAACUUUUCAGCUAAAACAUGCAGAAAUGUCGCAUCUUAGAGGUGGGCGCUUCCAUUUUCUCCACUUUUUGGUGUAGACUGUGAAGAUGCUUCAGACGUUUUUGGGCUUCAGGACUUUGUUUAGUACAACUGAAGCACAAUCAAGCCUAAAAAAAAAUCUAUUUUACAGAGUAAAGAAAACAAAGGCAUUCCUGGGAACAACAUGUGAGUAGAUUCAGUUUUAAUGUUUUCCAAGAAAAGGUAAAUAUUACAAAUGUUUUUGCCUUUUGUACUGCUCAUAUAAGGCAUUUGACCUUUGAACCAUAAUGCCUUUAUUUCUAUGUUUUCUUGCUCCUUGCCUCUUGGCGCCAUCACCUUUAGUUCUUUCUUGUCUUCUUUCUGCAACAUGAAUUCAGAUUUGGAAAGGUCUUCAUCGCAGCUAACCUUUUAUUUUAUUUUUUAGAAAAACUGAUAUUACUGACCAAAUCCACAUUCUGUGUCAUCUUGUUCAUUUAAGCUAAGAAAGUCAUUUUGGUUUGCAGAAAAGUCAGUUCUUCUUAGCUGCAUUUUGAUGCUGCAUUGUAAGAAGCCUUUUCACCAAAGUAUUUUUAUAGGUAUAUACAUUUGUAUGUGCCCAAAUAAUCCUUUAAUUAAUAAAGUUACAAAACAACAAUG